AUUGAGGUUGUAUAUUUAAAAUGAGGGCUUGCAGCGUCAAGCUGCAGCAGGACUGAGGAACAUGAACAGCAUCACUGCGAUGGUUUAUUAUGGCCUGCUGCUUUUGUGCGCGUCGGUUGUCUGCGGUGAUACCGAGGUCUCCUGUCAGUUCAACGAGACGUGUAUCCUGCCCUGCAAUUUCACAGCUCACAAUGACGUCGUCGUCCACUGGAUUCAAAAGAGGCAACCAGAGUCCCGGGUUCACUCCUACUAUCACAACAAGGAUCAAGCGGGAGAGCAGGACCAGAGGUUCAGAGGAAGAACAUCUCUGUUUGAAGACCAGAUCUCAGGAGGAAACGCUUCCCUGCUGCUGAGAGGAGUGACGGUCCAGGACCGGGGCAGAUAUCUGUGUGACACCAGCACCGUCGCUGGAGAGGAGGAAAGAUUCAUCAACCUGAAUGUGCACGCUCCAGUCCAGAGGGUCAACAUUGAAAAGACACAAAAUAAGAUAAUCUGCAGCUCAGAGGAGAUCUAUCCUGAACCUGGACUCACCUGGACCACCAAUCCUCCAUCCAGCAGGAACCUGCAGAAUCCACCAAUAGUCCAUCAGACUGAACAGCAGCUUUACAGCAUCAGCAGCUCUCUGGUCCUUUCAGAUAAUGAUACGGACCUGGACUACAUCUGCACCGUCAGCACUGCAGCAAACCGCAGGAGAACCACGUUGCUUAAACCAGCUGCUCUAAAGGCAUCAGACACUGAAACUCUCAUCCCCUGCUCAUUCGCCAAUGAUCCAAUCAUAUAUCUCACCUGGAGAUUUAACCAUGAGGAGAUCAUCCUGACACAGAGCGGCGCUGAAGACGCCUACACACCUUCAGAGAGGUGGAAGCAGCACGUGGUGUCCGUGUCAGAGGCAGGAAGUCUCAUGCUGAAGGGUUUAUCUUCAGAGCAGACAGGAACUUACACGUGUGAACUCACUGAUGAAGAGGAGACUUACGUGAAAUACACCUUUCUUCAUGUAUCUAAUGACCGGACUGGAGUUAUUGUAGGAGCGGUGGGGGGUUUGCUGGUGGGUCUGCUGAUGGGUGUGCUGGUGGGUGUGAUGGUGAAGUAUGUGAGGUUAAGGAAUCUGGUGGUGGAGGAGAAUCCACCACAGAAUCCACCACAGAAUCCACCACAGAAUCCUUCAGCGAUGUUAAGGAAUGUGGUGGUGGAGGAGAAUCCACCACAGAAUCCACCACAGAAUCCUUCAGCGAGGUUAAGCAAUGUGGUGGUGGAGCCUCCACCACCACGUUCCUUAACCACCGUGGAGGAGAGGGUGAAGGGUAGAAAGCCGAAGGAUUUGGUGGUGGCUCUGGUGUUGGCAGUGGUGGGGGCUGUGGUGGGGGCUCUGGUGGUGGGUCUGCUGAUGGCUGUGUUUUUGGCUGUGGGGCUUAUGGUGGGGCAUUGGUCUACUGUAGUUAUGGGUGUGAUGGUGGGUCUGUCAGUGGGUCUGUCAGUGAAUGUGUGCUGGCCUGAUCUGAUAGGUGUGUGGGUGGUUGAGGCCAGUACACCAGUACAGCCGGUGGGUGACGCGUUGCAAGGAUUGAUUGUGGUGAUGGUGAGGGCUGCGGUGGGGGCUGUGAUGGGGGCUGUGGUGGGGGCUGCGUGGGGGGCUGUGUGGGGGCCUGUGAUAAAGGCUACAGUGGAGGCUAGGCAUACUGUGGAGGUGGAGGUGUCGACGUCGAUGGGUGUGAUGAUGGGUGUGAUGUCUGCAUUUGGGCUGGUGCUGUGGUGGGGGGUGCGGUAG